AUGCCCGCCAUCGACGCCCUCAAAGACCGCACCGCGCCAGCCUUCUCGGCCUCGGACGUGACGGUGCUCUUCGUGCUGGGCGGCCCGGGCGCCGGCAAGGGCACGCAGUGCGAGCGCCUGGUCGCCGAGUACGGCUUCACGCACCUCUCGGCCGGCGACCUGCUGCGCGCCGAGCAGGCGCGCCCCGACAGCCAGUACGGCGACCUGAUCAAGGAGUACAUCCGCGACGGCAAGAUCGUGCCCAUGGAGGUCACCAUAGCGCUGCUCGAGAACGCCAUGCGGGCCUCCAUGUCCACAAACCCCGACGCCAUCCACACAGAUACCAACCCCAACACCCCCGCCACCACCACAACCCAGACCCCCCAAAACAAAAAGUCCAAAUUCCUCAUCGACGGCUUCCCGCGCAAGUACGACCAGGCCCUAAAGUUCGAGUCCGCCGUCUGCGAGGCCAAGUUCGUGCUGUUCUACGACUGCCCCGAGGCCGAGAUGGAGCGCCGCCUCCUCGAGCGCGGCAAGACCAGCGGCCGCGAGGACGACAACGCCGACAGCAUCCGCAAGCGCUUCCGCACCUUCGUCGACACCAGCAUGCCCGUCGUCGAGUACUACGAGAAGCAGGACCGCGUCGUCAAGAUCGACGCCACGCCCCCGCCCGAGGAGGUGUACCGCCGGACCCAGGCCGAGCUCGUCAAGCGCCUGGGCGAGGGCUUCUAG